CAGUUCUUCCCCCUCCUCCCAGAGCUGGGCUACCCCCGGAGCUGAGGGUCAGAUGUGGAAGGAAAGUGGGUGCUGGGUUUUCACGGAGUGUGCCUGCCUUGCCCCAGGAGGACUGUGUUUGAGCUUGGACUCGCUCGCUGCUGAAUUCCUGUCUGUUAUUCUUUUUUCUUCCAGGCUAGCUGGAAGGACCAGCUAGCCUGGACUUUGGCUUCUUUGCCCUGGAGCCCUGGCAUGAUGGGGUGAGGGCUCUUGGUGGGUUAGUGGAGAGCUGGGGGCUGGCCCUUCCCCAUCUUCUUUUCUACCCACCCUCCUCCCCCACCCCCGCCAGGCCCAGCCACCAUCAGUCACGUCACUCCUGGCACUGAGGAGGGAGGGGAGGGAUAAGGGGCAGAGAUGGAGGCCCCACUCCCCGAGGUUGCCUAGACAACAUGAGAAAUCGUGGCCGGGGCCUCUUCCGCCUGCGGAGCCGCUGCUUCCUGCAUCAGUCACUCCCGCUGGGGGCGGGGCGGAGGAAGGGGUUGGAUGUGGCAGAGCCAGGCCCCAGCCGGUGCCGCUCAGACUCCCCCGCUGUCGCCGCCGUGGUCCCAGCCAUGGCAUCCUAUCCAUCUGGCUCUGGCAAGCCCAAGGCCAAAUAUCCCUUUAAGAAGCGGGCCAGCCUGCAGGCCUCCACUGCAGCUCCAGAGGCUCGGGGUGGUCUGGGGGCCCCUCCGCUGCAGUCUGCCCGAUCCCUGCCGGGCCCCGCCCCCUGCCUCAAGCACUUCCCGCUCGACCUGCGCACGUCUAUGGAUGGCAAAUGCAAGGAGAUCGCCGAGGAACUGUUCACCCGCUCACUGGCUGAGAGCGAGCUCCGUAGUGCCCCAUAUGAGUUCCCCGAGGAGAGCCCCAUUGAACAGCUGGAGGAGCGGCGGCAGCGGCUGGAGCGGCAGAUCAGCCAGGAUGUCAAGCUGGAGCCAGACAUCCUGCUUCGGGCCAAGCAAGAUUUCCUGAAGACGGACAGUGACUCGGACCUACAGCUCUACAAGGAACAGGGUGAGGGGCAGGGUGACCGGAGCCUGCGGGAGCGUGAUGUGCUGGAACGGGAGUUUCAGCGGGUCACCAUCUCUGGGGAGGAGAAGUGUGGGGUGCCAUUCACAGACCUGCUGGAUGCAGCCAAGAGUGUGGUGCGGGCGCUCUUCAUCCGGGAGAAGUACAUGGCCCUGUCCCUGCAGAGCUUCUGCCCCACCACCCGCCGCUACCUGCAGCAGCUAGCUGAAAAGCCUCUGGAGACCCGGACCUAUGAACAGGGCCCCGACACCCCUGUGUCUGCUGAUGCCCCGGUGCACCCCCCUGCGCUGGAGCAGCACCCGUAUGAGCACUGUGAGCCAAGCACCAUGCCUGGGGACCUGGGCUUGGGUCUGCGCAUGGUGCGGGGUGUGGUGCACGUCUACACCCGCAGGGAACCCGACGAGCAUUGCUCAGAGGUGGAGCUGCCAUACCCUGACCUGCAGGAAUUUGUGGCUGACGUCAAUGUGCUGAUGGCCCUGAUUAUCAAUGGCCCCAUAAAGUCAUUCUGCUACCGCCGGCUGCAGUACCUGAGCUCCAAGUUCCAGAUGCACGUGCUACUCAAUGAGAUGAAGGAGCUGGCCGCGCAGAAGAAAGUGCCACACCGAGAUUUCUACAACAUCCGCAAGGUGGACACCCACAUCCAUGCCUCGUCCUGCAUGAACCAGAAGCAUCUGCUGCGCUUCAUCAAGCGGGCGAUGAAGCGGCACCUGGAGGAGAUCGUGCACGUGGAGCAGGGCCGUGAACAGACACUGCGGGAGGUCUUUGAGAGCAUGAAUCUCACAGCCUACGACCUGAGUGUGGACACGCUGGAUGUGCAUGCGGACAGGAACACUUUCCAUCGCUUUGACAAGUUUAAUGCCAAAUACAACCCUAUUGGGGAGUCCGUCCUCCGAGAGAUCUUCAUCAAGACGGACAACAGGGUAUCUGGGAAGUACUUUGCUCACAUCAUCAAGGAGGUGAUGUCAGACCUGGAGGAGAGCAAAUACCAGAAUGCAGAGCUGCGGCUCUCCAUUUACGGGCGCUCGAGGGAUGAGUGGGACAAGCUGGCGCGCUGGGCCGUCAUGCACCGCGUGCACUCCCCCAACGUGCGCUGGCUGGUGCAGGUGCCCCGCCUCUUUGAUGUGUACCGUACUAAGGGCCAGCUGGCCAACUUCCAGGAGAUGCUGGAGAACAUCUUCCUGCCACUGUUUGAGGCCACUGUGCACCCUGCCAGCCACCCGGAACUGCAUCUCUUCUUAGAGCACGUGGAUGGUUUUGACAGCGUGGAUGACGAGUCCAAGCCUGAGAACCAUGUCUUCAACCUGGAGAGCCCCCUGCCUGAGGCGUGGGUGGAGGAGGACAACCCACCCUAUGCCUACUACCUAUACUACACCUUUGCCAACAUGGCCAUGUUGAACCACCUGCGCAGGCAGAGGGGCUUCCACACGUUUGUGCUGAGGCCACACUGUGGGGAGGCUGGGCCCAUCCACCACCUGGUGUCAGCCUUCAUGCUGGCUGAGAACAUUUCCCACGGGCUCCUUCUGCGCAAGGCCCCCGUCCUGCAGUACCUGUACUACCUGGCCCAGAUCGGCAUCGCCAUGUCCCCGCUCAGCAACAACAGCCUCUUCCUCAGCUAUCACCGGAAUCCGCUACCGGAGUACCUGUCCCGCGGCCUCAUGGUCUCCCUGUCCACUGAUGAUCCCCUGCAGUUCCACUUCACCAAGGAGCCGCUGAUGGAGGAGUACAGCAUCGCCACCCAGGUGUGGAAGCUCAGCUCCUGCGAUAUGUGUGAGCUGGCCCGCAACAGCGUGCUCAUGAGCGGCUUCUCGCACAAGGUAAAGAGCCACUGGCUGGGACCCAACUAUACCAAGGAAGGCCCUGAGGGGAAUGACAUCCGCCGGACCAACGUGCCAGACAUCCGUGUGGGCUACCGCUACGAGACCCUGUGCCAGGAGCUGGCGCUCAUCACGCAGGCAGUCCAGAGUGAGAUGCUGGAGACCAUUCCAGAGGAAGCGGGUAUCGCCAUGAGCCCAGGGCCUCAGUGAGCCUGGUCCAUGAAGUGCCCACCACAUCGCAGCACUUUUACCACGUUUUGUCCUCAGACCCCUCCCAUUCUGUGUGGUCUCUGCAUGUCUCCAUUCUUCUCUGUCUCUGUCUUGCAUGUCUCCGACCAUGUCACUGUCCCUGGGCCACCCAGUGAAAGCAAAGCCUGGGAAUCUGCUCAUUGUUGUUUGGGCUCAGGUAUUGAGCCUGACGGCCCAGGUAUUGAGGACCUCCCCUGCUGGUGGCCCUGUCCUGGGACCCUCAGAAGCCUGACUGUCCUAUAGGUUUCUCCAGUGUCCACAGGGGCUUGAGAUGGUUGUGGGGGGCUGGCCCCUCUAGCCUUUCAGGUCCUUCCUGGGCAAAUCUAAGCCUUGGCCAGGGCUGAAGUUUAGGCCCCUGUCUUGUUCAUGUAGCCUAGGGGCAGGCGGGGGACCUGUGCACCUCUGCUGUGGGCCCAGGGCUGCUGAGAGUCUGUGGAACUCCAGCAGCUCCGCACUGGGUAGAGCUGGGCCGAGAGCUCAGUCACAGCCCUGGGCUUCCUGGUCUGAGUGGGUAGACACAGGCGGCAGAGGUGCUGGACCACAUCUCCGCCAAGUCACUGCCCAGCAGCCUUCUCCGUCCUGUCCCCAGCCCACGUGCUCCUUGGGUGUCAGCUUCCUGUGCCUCUGUGGGAGAGGGCAGCUGCCUUGUGUUAUGUCUGGGGCCACGGUUGCUGCAAGGUCCUGGAUCUGCCACUCAACCCCAGGAGUGGUGUUCCCAGUGUGGCUCCCAGAGCUGUGACCAGAUCAUGAUCCCAGCUGGCCCCUGUGUUGUGUUCUGGACUAAGGCCUUUGCUGUGAACUGCAGUGUUUCAUACGACCCAUCUUUCCUAGUGCAUGAGAAAUAAAGAUUAUUUAAGUAAUGAG